AUGUCAACAAUUGCCAUGGAAGAACAUUUUCUACAGCAGCAACAGCAACAGCAACAGCAUCAGCAGCCAAUACUCAACUCCUUCGGAGCAAUGGAGGGUCUGAUAAUAUGCAAGGUGUGCCUUGGACAGACACAGCGCUAUAAUAAGGCAUGCCAUCUGUGCAGCAGCGAGCUUGGAGAGCGUUGCUGGCGAUGUAACCAUCUAUGCAAACCAAACUCAAAGUUUUGUUUCUGGUGCAAUGUCAAGCUGCACCUAAUUGAUAUACCAUCGGUGGACUCGAUACUCCCCAUUCCUCCAUAUAAAUCAACACUGGCUGCAAGCCAGAGCAUAAAGAAGCACCAACAACAACAACAACAGCAACAACAGCAACAAAUACCUCAUGUUCAGGUCAACUUGAUCGCUGAGAAAGUGGACCAGAGUGGUACACCUCCAAUUAGAUCAUUAAUAGAGAAUAUCAAUAAGAAUAUUGCCUCAUCGCCACAGGUCUGCUCACCUCCCAGACCUGGCAACAUGACCAGUCCUCGACAAAAACAGCCAACAUAUUCUAGCGCCACUUAUGUGGCGCCAAAGAAGAGAAGCAGCUAUCCCAACACGCCACUCACACAAUCAAACCCUGUCUGUGUACUGGAGAAGCCCAGUCUGUCGUCCUCUGUAGCUGCUCAGCAGAAGCCGCCUCAAUCUCUCCACGAGUCGAGCUCAACUCGUAUUGAGGAGUUCGACUCUGCCAACACUUCACAAGAGUCCAUUGAGUUCCCACCUGCCACGGCACCGCUGGUUUCCACCCCUUUGAUCCAGACACCUCAGAAACAAACUCAACCUCAGCCUCAACAAAUACUUAUUCAACCUGCUCCUCAACCUCAACAAUACUAUACGAUAGCAUUGGCACCUACUAUCCAACCAAUAAUCCCACCACAACCGAUCACACCGGCCAACGACUCGGCCAACUCUUCAUUUAACAGCCAGACACUUAGCUACGACGAGAUUGAUAUACGUUUCACCGACUCACUGAGAAUGCUACGCGAGGCUACAUAUACCAUUGGCAAACCAGCGGAGGACCCCAGUAUCCUGGAAGGCUACAAGUCCCCAACAUCAAGCUCCAACUCAACAUCCUCCAUGUCAUCAGUCAUUAACUCACCUACAUCAGAACUGACCUCGACCAAUGAGCUGGCAGGUCUGUCACCAAUUCGAGGCAAUCUUACUCCAGUCCUGCUCAACGUUGCUUCACCACUACAUGUUAUAAUGUCACCAUCCUUGCUGGAAGUAUCCUCUCCCAAUCUACAAUCAGUGUGUGAUCAAUCCGGCAACGGACCCAACGACAGAACGAUGAAUGACUUUAUCGAUGCAUUCCCCUCGCCACCAAUCAACAGGAUGCUCUCUCCAUCGGGCUCAAUUAGUCUGCGAUCAGGUGUUCCAGCAUCAUUGACAUUCAGCUCACCAGCAAUCAUCAAAUCACCAUCAACUCCUCUGUCUCCAGUACUCAAGCCAACCCAACUUGCACAAUCUGUGGCGUCGACCUCGUCCUCAGCAUCCACAGUACGCAGCCUAACUUCAUCGAUUGAUAAGCGUGCAAUGCUCAUUGAGGAGAUGACAACUACCGAGCUGGACUAUAUCAAGGACCUGGAGACCAUUAUCCAAGUAUUCUACAGGCCUCUUCGCGAUGACCUCAAGUUGCUCUCCACCGAGGAGUUUGUGACCAUAUUCUCAAACAUUGAGCAACUUCUCCAGGUCAACCAAGAGCUAUACACUAGGCUGAUAUCCUCAUCCUCAUCGAUUGGAGAGGUGUUCUGUAUAAUGUCGAGUUCAUUUGAUGUAUACUCUGUGUAUUGUAACUAUCAUCAGAAGUCAUUGGAGAGCAUUAACAGCUUGUCCAAGAUGCCACAAAUGGAGAACUUUGUGUCUGAACUGAGUCACGAACUAAGGACAAUGAGUCUACACUCAUUCCUUAUCAAGCCAGUGCAGAGGAUUUGCAAAUACCCAAUAUUCCUUCGUGAGUUGCUCAAGGCUACACCGGUAGAACAUGAUGAUCAUGGACAGCUGAUAUUGGCAUUGGCCAAGAUCGAGCAGAUUGUACAGAUGAUCAAUAAGGAGAAGAUGGAGAAUGAUGUCUGGCAGAGGACAAUGCAGAUACUUCAGACACUCAAGGGAUCAGAGACUCUACAACUCUCAAAGAGACACCUGCUCAAUGAAGGUGCACUACAGUUGGUCGAAGGAUAUAAUGAGAACUCUGAGAAGAAGGCGACGCCCAAGUUCAAGAAAGGUUACUACUUCCUCUUCCACGACAUCUUCCUCUUUGCCAAACAAAAGGGUAACUCAUAUAGAUUACUCUUUAGCAUCCCUCUGGACACUGUGUUGGUACACAACAAUGUAUACAAUGACAAACAUUUCUUCACUUUGAUCGAGAUUGGUGUAGGUGGCAAACGAUGGACGUUCCACCCUCAGCCAAAGGCGCUCAACCUGAUAUUGUACAACUCUCUGCAGAAGCUGAUUGAGAAGUGCUGGGAGAACAGGUUCGACGAGCCACCCAAGUCGCUUAACUCGCCAUCCAGCCAGUCGCCCACCAAGAAGAGGCGCUCAAACAGGUUUGUCAAGAGUCUGGUCAACAUGAAGACUCUC